GGUAGCAGGUUUGUUCCUGCGCAGAUGGUGUGAUUGUAGGCACCGGGCGGUCGGUUCGUUGCACGGCUCGGAGGGAGGAGGACGCCGUGGCUCGCCUUGCCUCCGCUGCUACCAUGAUUCCGGUGUCGCUGGUGGUGGUGGUGGUGGGCGGCUGGACUGCCGUCUACCUGACCGACUUGGUGCUGAAGUCAUCUGUGUAUUUUAAGCACUCGUAUGAAGAUUGGCUGGAAAACAACGGAUUGAGCAUCUCCCCUUUCCACAUAAGAUGGCAAACUGCUGUUUUCAAUCGUGCCUUUUACAGUUGGGGACGGCGGAAAGCAAGGAUGCUUUACCAAUGGUUCAAUUUUGGAAUGGUGUUUGGUGUAAUUGCCAUGUUUAGCUCUUUUUUUCUCCUGGGGAAAACGCUGAUGCAGACUUUAGCACAAAUGAUGGCUGACUCUUCUGCUCCUUAUUCUUCCUCCUCAUCCUCCUCUUCCUCCUCUUCUUCCUCGUCCUCCUCGUCCUCCUCUUCCUCCUCUUCCUCCUCCUCCUCCUCCUCACUUCACAACGAACAGGUGCUACAAGUUGUGGUUCCUGGUAUAAAUUUACCCGUCAACCAACUGACCUAUUUCUUCGCUGCAGUCCUCAUUAGUGGUGUUGUACAUGAAAUUGGACAUGGGAUAGCAGCUAUUAGGGAACAAGUUCGAUUUAAUGGCUUUGGAAUUUUUCUCUUCAUUAUUUAUCCUGGAGCAUUUGUUGAUCUGUUCACCACUCAUUUGCAACUUAUAUCACCAGUCCAGCAGCUAAGGAUAUUUUGUGCAGGUAUCUGGCAUAAUUUCGUCCUUGCACUCCUGGGUAUUUUAGCUCUUGUCCUCCUCCCUGUGAUUCUCCUACCCUUUUACUACACUGGAGUUGGGGUGCUUAUCACUGAAGUUGCUGAGGACUCACCUGCAGUCGGACCCAGAGGCCUUUUUGUGGGAGACCUUGUUACCCAUCUGCAGGAUUGUCCUGUUACUAAUGUACAAGAUUGGAAUGAAUGUCUAGAUACCAUUGCCUAUGAACCCCAAAUUGGUUAUUGCAUAAGCGCAUCAACUUUACAGCAGUUAAGCUUCCCAGUUAGAGCAUACAAACGGCUAGAUGGUUCCACUGAAUGCUGUAACAAUCAAAGCCUCACAGAUGUGUGCUUUUCUUACAGAAAUAAUUUUAAUAAACGUUUGCAUACAUGCCUGCCUGCCCGGAAAGCAGUUGAAGCCACCCAAGUUUGUAGAACCAAUAAAGAUUGCAAAAAAGGCUCAGGUUCAAGUUUCUGCAUAAUACCUUCUUUGGAAACUCACACUCGCUUAAUAAAAGUGAAACACCCACCUCAAAUUGAUAUGUUGUACGUAGGACAUCCACUGCACCUGCACUACACAGUGAGCAUCACCAGUUUUAUCCCACGGUUUAACUUUCUAAGCAUAGAUCUGCCUGUGGUUGUGGAGACAUUUGUCAAGUACCUGAUUUCUCUCUCAGGAGCUCUGGCUAUUGUUAAUGCAGUGCCCUGCUUUGCUUUGGAUGGACAGUGGAUUUUAAACUCAUUCCUCGAUGCUACCCUUACCUCAGUGAUUGGAGACAAUGACGUGAAAGAUCUGAUAGGAUUUUUCAUCUUGCUUGGGGGCAGUGUACUUUUGGCUGCCAACGUGACCCUGGGACUCUGGAUGGUUACAGCACGGUAAUAUUUGCGCCCAUCUGACAGAAUCUCUGAGUUACAAUAUGCAAUAUUGACAACAUUACUUGGUAUGAAAUAUAAACUGUUCCCUUAAAAUUACUUUUUAGCCAACAACUUGUAAGCUCCUCGUGUAUCCAGAGUUUCUCAACUCUGUGAUGGGGUCAAACAGAAGAAAUGCAAGAUAUAGUUCUUGACUACAUUCUAGUUUUAAAGACAACUUACAAACUGCAGAUGCUCGUGGGACAAUUUCUGAACAAGUGCAGAUUCGUAUUAAACCAUUUGGUAUGACUACAACUGAUGUCACAAUACUUUAAAAGAGAACAGAGUUGGGUGGAAUUAAUUGGGGGAAGCUUCUUGAAAAAGCAUCAUUAAUCCAGAUUUGAAGGAGACCAGACUUUGGCCAAGUAGAAGGGUGAGCAUUUUCUUGGCCUAUAUCUCUUGCCCUUUGUCUUGUUUGAAAAGUUUUAAAAUUUAGUAGUGUAUUGUUUUGUACUCUGAUACCCGAGGUCUGAUUACAAUUAAGUUAACAAAAUUCUAUCAAAGAAUCUCUGACAGGAAAGGGAAAAAUUUUUGUCGAAUAUGUGACAAAGUAGUAAGUAGGGCCCACGGUAUCUUGAGACAUUUUUUGCCCCAGAAGAGUUACCUCUUUGAGAACAUGUUCCCCAUUCCCUCAAAGUAGCACUUAGCCUUGACAUUUAGAAUGAGCUGCAGGAAGUGUCUCCUACUUGCAGCAUGUGAGCUGAGGCAGGUAGGGCUGAACCUCAGAACUGAGCUGCGUCUUCCAACAGAUCACAAGACGUCGCAGGGCCUCCGCAGUCCUGGCUUCCAUUCUCCACAGAGCUCUGAAGCUCAGGACCCUUCCAGGGCAGACAUUUUCUCUCAUGCUGCUGGGGCUAGCUGGGUCCUAGCUCCUGGGUUCCUGCCUUCAAGAAGCAACUACCUAAAGCUCAGCUAUGAUCUGUCCUCACCAGCGGCUCCCAUGUUUCUCUGUGUUGGGUAAUAAAACAUCUAGUCCUGGCUUUCCGUCUUUCUCCUAAGCUACCUCAGUGGGUCCACAGAAGACUUGGUAGUACAGUGAGAAUGGCUAGAUGUGAGCGUAAACGUGAAUUUGCCAGAGCCCAGGAACCAACUCUUGUGCCUGAAAAAGCCCCGCCUAAUUCCCAGGGAGAUGCAACCCUAGGAGAUUUGGAAAGUCAGCAGGCCACUGUGGUCUUAGAAGUGUAUGGGCAUGCUUUUCUUUGAUUACACCUGCGUGCUUCUCUCAUACACUCAGGAACACCAACAGUCAUGUAUCCAACUUCUUCACUAAGUGAGGUUUUCCACGGAGUUCAGCUUUUUCAGAUCACUGACUUACUGUUUAGGCACUAAAACUUUUUAAUCGUUUUUAACAAACUCUGUAGAUUGUAUUACACGUUUGCCUGCCUUCUUAAACAAAUUUAUGUAUUGAGUAUGAUUUUAACAUUUAAUAAAUGACUUGAGGUGAUCAGUUAUUACCACUGCUAAAACCAUACAAAUUAUUGGUUUAUCCCAGGAAAAGGGCAUUUCUUCUAUUUGUAGGCAGACAGUCAUUCAGGAUCAAAGUGUAUCAGCAGAAUAAUAUUCAGACCUAUUCAGGUGGACCUUGGGGGGUACCACAAAAUACUUGCAUAAUGAAUUCAAUUACAUGAAGUAAGCAGUUUACUAAUGAAAAUGUUGUAUAUGUGUAGGUCAGUUUUUU